UGCGCCCCGCCCCGGCCCAGACCACCUCUGCGCCCGCGGGCGGGGGCCGAGCGCUCCGGGCUGUCUCGGCGUCCAGGCUCCUCACCACCUCGGCUGCCUCGGUCGCCGCCGCCGCGGUUCUCGGAGCCGCGCGCGCCCCCGGCCGGGCGAGCCCCGCACGACGAGGGAGCCGCAGGACCCGUGGGGCGCCAUGCGAGCCAGGACAUCCCUCUUCUCCUGGACAGAAGGCCGGGUCUUGGAAUUCUUCCCCUGAAGAAUUCUUCCCCUGACGUCAGGAGGCCCAUGUUCCCCAGCAGGCCAGCAGGAAGAAGCACACAGCCAAGUUGACCCGGUCGCACAGUGGGACUGUGUGAGACAGCAGCUGCUGUCCCUGCUGGAACAGGAGGAGGAGACAUGAGACCGUAGUACCUCACCCACCAAGAGGUUCACCAUGGCGGCCCAGCGCAUCCGGGCGGCCAACUCCAAUGUCCUCCCUCGGUGCAAAUCAGAGGGAACCCUGAUUGACCUGAGUGAGGGCUUCUCGGAGACAAGCUUUAAUGAUGUCAAAGUGCCUUCUCCCAGUGCCUUGCUAGUGGACAACCCCACGCCUUUUGGAAACGCAAAGGAAGUGAUUGCGAUUAAAGACUAUUGCCCAAACAACUUCACCACCCUCAAGUUCUCCAAGGGCGACCACCUGUACGUCUUGGACACGUCUGGCGGGGAGUGGUGGUACGCCCACAACACCACCGAGAUGGGCUACAUCCCUUCCUCCUACGUGCAGCCGUUGAACUACCGGAAUUCUACCCUGAGUGACAGUGGCAUGAUUGACAAUCUCCCGGACAGCCCUGACGAAGUUGCCAAGGAGCUAGAACUGCUAGGGGGCUGGACGGACGACCAGAAAGAAUCCAGCAGGCCCUAUAGUAACAACCCCUUCUGGAAUGGCGUCCAAACGAACCCCUUUCUGAAUGGAAAUGCACGACCCAGCAUGGAUGAGCUGAACCCUAAGACUACUGUGGAUUUGCUCCUGUUUGACACAGGCACAUCUUCCUUCACCGAAUCCAGCUCGGCCACCACCAACAGCACUGGCAACAUCUUCGAUGAGCUCCCGGCUGCCAACGGACUCCUCGUGGAGGAGCCCGCCAAGCGGGACAACCCCUUCUUCAGAAGCAAGCGUUCCUACAGCCUUUCGGAGCUCUCCGUCCUGCAAGCCAAAUCCGACACCCCUGCCACGUCCAGCUUCUUCACGGGCCUGAAGUCACCUGCCCCAGAACAGUUCCAAAGCCGAGAAGACUUCCGAACCGCCUGGCUGAAUCACCGGAAGCUGGCCCGAUCCUGCCAUGACUUGGACCUGCUCGGCCAAAGCCCAGGUUGGGGCCAGACACAAGCAGUGGAGACAAAUAUUGUGUGCAAGCUGGAUAGCUCCGGGGGCUCCGUGCAGCUUCCUGACACCAACAUCAGCAUCCACGUGCCCGAGGGCCAUGUAGCCCCGGGGGAGACACAGCAGAUAUCCAUGAGAGCCCUGCUGGACCCGCCCCUGGAGCUCAACAGUGACAGAUCCAGCAGCGUCAGCCCCGUGGUGGAGGUGAAGCUGAGCAACCUGGAGGUGAACACCUUCGUCAUCCUGGAGAUGAAGGUCUCUGCGGAGGUGAAGGACGACCUCUUCAGCAAGAGCACGGUGGCCCUGCAGUGCCUGAGAAGUGACUCGAAGGAGGGGCCUUACGUGCCCGUCCCCCUCGCCUACAGCUGUGGGGACACGGUACAGGUACAGCUGGACAACCUGGAGCCCUGCAUGUACCUAGCUAUUGUCGCCCAGGGCCCCCACAUCCUCUACCCUUCCACCGUGUGGGAUUUCAUCCAUAAGAGGGUCACUGUGGGUCUCUAUGGUCCCAAACACAUCCAUCCGUCCUUCAAGACAGUCGUGACCAUUUUUGGACACGAUUGCGCCCCAAAGACCCUCCUGGUCAGUGAGGUUACUCGGCAGGCCCCCAGCCCCGCCCCUGUGGCCCUGCAGCUGUGGGGCAAGCACCAGUUCAUCUUGUCCAGGCCCCAGGAUCUCAAGGUGUGUAUGUUCUCCAAUAUGACCAACUAUGAGGUCAAGGCCAACGAGCAAGCUAAAGUGGUGAGAGGGUUCCAGAUGAAACUGGGCAAGGUUAGCCGUCUGAUCUUCUCCGUCAUCUCCCAGAACCCCAACGAGCUGUCCGACUUCACACUGAGGGUACAGGUCAAGGACGAUCAGGACACCAUUCUCACGCAGUUCUGUGUCCAGACUCCGCAGCCACCCCCUAAGAGCGCCAUUAAACCAUCCGGGCAGAGGAGAUUUCUAAAGAAGAACGAGGUGGGGAAGAUCAUCCUGUCCCCGUUCGUUGUCACCACCAAGUACCCGACGUUUCAGGACCGCCCCGUGUCCAGUCUCAAGUUCGGCAAGCUGCUAAAGACUGUGGUGCGACAGAACAAGAGCCACUACCUGCUGGAGUACAAGAAGGGCGAUGCCGUGGCCCUGCUCAGCGAGGAACGCAUCCGGCUCAAGGGACAGCUGUGGACCAAGGAGUGGUACAUUGGCUACUAUCAGGGCAAGGUGGGCUUGGUGCACACCAAGAAUGUGCUGGUCGUCGGCAAGGCCCGGCCCAGCCUGUUCUCAGGGCCCGAGCUGAGCACCUCGGUGCUGCUGGAGCAGAUCCUCCGGCCCUGCAAGUUCCUCACCUACAUCUAUGCCUCUGUGAGGACCUUGCUCAUGGAGAACAUCAGCAGCUGGCGGGCCUUCGCUGACGCCCUGGGCUACGGGAAACUGCCGCUCACCUUCUUCUGCCGGGCGGAGCUGGACAGCGAGCCAGAGCGGGUGGCAUCUGUCCUGGAGAAGCUGAAGGAAGACUGUAACAACCCUGACAACAAGGACCGGAAGUCCUUCCAGAAGGAGCUGGUGAUGGCGUUGCUGAAAAUGGACUGCCAGGGCCUGGUGGUCAGACUCAUCCAGGACUUCGUGCUCCUGACCACAGCCGUCGAAGUGGCCCAGCGCUGGAGGGAGCUGGCCGAGAAGCUGGCCAAGGUCUCCAAGCAGCAGAUGGACGCGUAUGAGUCUCCCCACCGAGACAGGAAUGGGGUGGUAGACAGUGAGGCCAUGUGGAAACCCGCCUAUGACUUCUUGCUUACCUGGAGCCACCAGAUUGGGGACAGCUACCGAGAUGUCAUCCAAGAGCUGCACAUAGGCCUGGACAAGAUGAAGAAUCCCAUCACCAGGCGCUGGAAGCACCUCACGGGAACGCUGAUCCUGGUGAACUCCCUGGACAUCCUGAGGGCAGCUGCCUUCAGCCCUGUGGACCAUGACGACUUUGUGAUCUAACUGAGGAUCCUGUCCUAGUGCUCACCAGAGCUGGAACUCUCCGACCAUCAUCUGUCCUUCGUCUGUCCACAGUGGGGGCCUCGCCAUCACCAGGCGGGGCAGGAAGGGAUGGCUGCUCAGGCAGAGGUCCAUCUGCCAGCCACGCCCAGCCUCUGACUCUGCCCCGCCCCUCUCUCCAGGGGCUGGUCCCAGGGGCUUUCUACAUUGAAGUCGUUGCCAAUCAUGUUGCUUUCUAUUUGUUGAAAUGUACAUUUAAAUUUAAAAUCACUUUUUUUUAACAAGAGACUUAGAGAGGACAAACGAAAGGUGGUAUCUAAUUUUUUAAUGGACUGUAAAGGCUAUUUAAAAAAAAAUCACCUUAGUAAAGGCAAAUGCUGUUGAGGUUUUUAUGUUCUUUGAAGGCCUUUUUCAAUGAUGUUCCAGGUGUAUAUAGAUAUUUAAAGGCCACGGGUGUUUCUGUGUCCCAGACGUACUUUGCAUUUCGACACUCAGAGUGGAAAGGAGUUUGCACCCUACAGACAUUUUUCCCCUCGACGCCUGUGAGAAGGCAAGUCCAUGGACCUGGUGGCUUUUAGUAGAUGAGCCUUGCGGGUACCGGAGGUCCCACCCUUCCUUCUGCCUUGUCCUCAGUGGACCUCACAGGACAUGUUGGUCCGUGUGCUUUGGUGAGCAGCAAAGCACCCACAUGGCAGCUCACUGCCAUUAAGAUUCUGCCAACAACUAAGAAAUCAGUUGGAGUUGGAGGGGGUCCCUGUCCCCAUCAUUCUUCUCAAUGAUAUACUUAUCAUCCAUCAGAACAGUGCACCUUGAGAAGGAGGUGGUCCCUGCCACUCUGGGACAUUGAGUGUGGUCUUCCUCAGGGCAGCUCUGCCUCUGCUGUAGGCGGGAAGAAAGUGCUAGCACCCAGCCAGAGCCUGGUGGCCCCUGACUUUCUGGUGACCUUUCAGGUGAGGUCACAUGCCGACGUGCAGAGGUGCCAUCUGCUAUUGCCAAACUCCACACUUCAUCUCUCACAUUUUCAACCUUCUCAGUGUGCCCACAUCUCCUUAGGAAUAAUAGUACAAGGGAGCUGGCCAUCCCACAGCGCAAAUAUUAGCACAGGGAACAUAUUCCCUGUGCGAUGAUCCGUGGAAAGCUGGGAGCUUGCAGAGGAUUGUAUUGAACUUCAAGGUAGUGGGUCAUGCGGUCCAGGUUGACUUUCAGGGUCACACAGUUAGCUGUGGCAUUUGGGGGAGAGAACAGGAAGUAGAACUCCUACCAGAAAGAGCAGCAGCCAAGUGACCCUGGUAAUGGGCUGGACUCAGGCUGUCUGCUUCCAGGAGCAGUUCCAGACCCUGGGGACUGCCCUCCGUCUGCCUUGCUGGCACAAGCUGAUGGCCCUGUUUGACCAGUGCACAACCCCGAAUUGAGCUGAAAUGUGUAGACUCUGAGUCAGACACUGCAGACCAGCAGACUUAAACAGCAGGUGUGAGUGCUGCGAGAACUAAUCACUUGACUCCCCGGUCACCACAGAAAUGCCCAUUAUUCCGCGCCUUCCUUUUGCCCAGAGAGCAUCUCCUUACCUUUUUUCCCCCAAAGAAGAAACAAAACCAGUCGCACCUUAAACCAUGGAUAUUUUUCCUCAGGGGCUUUGAAUAGUUUCCUAUGCAACAAAUCUUGUAGCACAAAUUAAAUUCUACAAAAGUUACAGUAAAUUUUAUCUGAAUAUUUUAA